GUUUAUUUUCAGGUACAUGUAUAAAUGAGAAUUCAUCAUGUCCAGAGAAGAUAUAAAUUUUGUUGUAGAGAUAUUUAAAACUUUCCAUAAAUUUACAUCGUAUGAAUGCAGGGAAAAGAUAUACAUUUUAUGGGAGACAUUCUUCACAAACACAGAAAAAGUUGCACAGUCUCUGAAAGAAAACCAGGAUAAGAGUGAGUGUUGUACAAUCCUUCAAUGGUUUCUAAUUCUAACAAAAAAUAAGAGUGAGAUAUUCCUUGCAACACCUCAGCAUCAAGGAGAUGAAACACCAGUUUUAUCACAAGUCAGGACUGAUUCAGAGGAAGAAAAAAUAUCAUUUGAGUUUUCCAAAUGGUUUAUGCGUACAUUGAUUGGAUUCCUGAGUGAAGUAGAAUUUGAGGCUACUUAUCAGAACUUAUGUAUUGACAUAGUUAAACAGCUGUUCCUUAUUUUGAAAUGGAGAAAUGGUUACUAUUACUGCACCAUGUUAACAGAAAUUGUACACAUCAUUGCAGAUUUAGUGAAAGCUAACGAUAGACUGUACGAGAGUAACAACCAUUACAGUGUGGACUUGAAAAGAUUUGUUGUUGACUUGUGUACAGUAAACUUGAGUCUUGUACCACCUGACAAGAGAGAAGAGGGUAUUCCACAAACUGUUAAAAGCCAGGUGACAUUAACAAUUAAUAGUAUUAAAAUUUGUGAAUGUCUUCAGCUAAAUGCAGUGAGGAUUUUACAGUUAGCAUCAGAUGAUAUUACCCACAUGAUAGCUAAGAGUACAUGUCAUGUAGCAUGGGGCUCAAUGUGUUGUCAUGUGGAAAUGGGAGAUCUUGUCAUGAAAAAGGAAUCAUUGAUUGUAUUGGAACGUCUAUUGAUACAUUCUGGAUUACCUACCCUUGAUAUAACAAAAUAUUUCCUGUCAUGUGUCCUAGCACUGAUAGAACUUUUAUGUUCAGGAUGUGAAGGUGGAAACAAAUGUGAGAUAUUAGACCUGGAGGAGAUGACAAGUCAGGUUAUAGACAACAUAAUUAAAGCUGACCAGAAAGAACUGAACCAAAACCACAUGUCAAUAUCACAGAUACAACAAACAUUACAGCAGAUGACUGUUGUCGUAGUAACACACCAGAUGAAAAAACUAGCUACAAACAAUAUGAAAAAUUCUGUGAUGAAGUUGAUUGUUCACUGUAUCAAUAGGUUAAAUAGUGCACAGCUUCAAGGAACAGUUUUGAAACCAGUAAUGGAGUCCUUGACAACUGCUUUGAUAAAAAUUUUAGGAACUUCAGAUAAUUGUCAGUAUCUUGUUGCUCCACUAGUUAAGUUAGUUCUUAUUGAGAUGGGGACAGUCAGUAUUAAAAUAGAAUCUACUCCAGAACAGGAAACCAGUGCUACACAGGGUUCCAGUAAACUAGCUUUAUCUCAGUUCAAAAGAAAAAGGAAAUUAGACAUGGAUGAAAAGCCAAAAAGGAGGAAAGUGACCAAAACACUGAAGUUACUAUGUCAAAAGAUACAGAUUCAAAUUGAUCAACUUGAUAAACAUCUUAAUCAGGAGUUAGCAAUACCAUUACUAGAAGGAAUACAAGUUGGAUUGGAGACUGUUUUGACAUGUUAUUAUUUGUGUGUAUGUCAAGAUAAAACAAAGACAGAUUUCAGUUACCAAGUAACAGAGGACAUGCAGUCAGUUGAUUGGUGGAUACAACCUAAAAUGCUUCAACAAUUAAAUGAGGGAUGUAUACAGUCCAUAGUAGUCAGAUGUAACCAAUGGCAACAGUCAGCAGUUACUUCCUGUUUGCUCAACAUACUUGCUAUUUGUUCAGAUUUUCUGAGACUUAAAGACACAUGUGACCUUGUUGUAGAAAUGUUACAGAAUUUUCUGUGGAUCCUAUCCUUGCCUUGGUUACCUAAUGAUCCCUCUUGGUAUGACUUGAAACCAGACCAUGUUAAGGAAAUAGCUAAUGUAGCAAGGAACUUGUCAGACAAAAUAGAAAUGACAGUGAAAUGCAGAUUGCUUGAGGGAUUGGCAUUGUUUCCCAAAGACAUGUCACCUAAAUGGAGGGUUCAUAUCUUCAAACAGGCAUUUUCUGACACAGAUUGGCAGAUUAGAAAUACAGCCAUGACAUCUUUCCCUACCUUACUUCUACAUUUAGGACCUAAUGCCAACCAUCUUGUUCAUGAUCUUAUCAGUCCUGUUAUAGAUGAUAAAAGUAAGGAAGUUCAGUUAUCAUUGGCCAAUAAUGUUGGGAUUUUAGCCUGUGUUGUUUGCAGGAAGGCUGUUCUUAGGUUCAAAUCUGAUGAGCUGAAAAAUCCUUUUUAUGAGUCAUUUGAGAUACAGUGUUUGUCAUGUGAUAACUUGAAAGGUAUUAAAAACUGCAUAAAUUGUCAAAUUUUCCAAGUUAAAAGUUUUGGUUAA